AUGCCAUCAUCAAAAGGAGAACCCACAGACCCAGAGCUGAGAGAGAAGAUCAAGGAGGAAGUGAAAGCUGAAGAGAAAGGUGGUGGCAAGGGAAAAUGGAGUGCUUGGAAAGCCGGCGAGAUGGCUAGACGCUACGAGGCCCAAGGUGGUGGAUAUAAGAAUGUGCCUGGUAGCAAGAAUAAGCCCAAAAARGGAGAGCCGGAGAAGAAGAAGAAGAAAGAUGACGACGACGAUGAUGAGGCCGAAGAGAGUGAUGAUGAUGAUGAAGAGUAG